UCCCCGCCGCCGCCGCGCGCCGCCGCCGCCUCGCCCGCCUCCGCGCCGCGCUCGCCCGCGCCCGCGCACGCCGUGCUCGCCACCAUGACGCCCGUGCAGCCCGCCGAUCACUACUACCCUCACAAGGUCGAGAUGGACUCAGACGACGGUUACCCCUCUGACGCGCACUCCUACCGCCACUCGCCGCACGAGCUAGCCGCGUACGCGCCCGACAGCAAGGUGCCCGUGCAGCCCGAUGUCUAUGACCAGGGCAUGGAGUCGAUCGACGAGAAGACCCCUAUAGAUCUCAUAUACGAGGACGACAAGCAGACGGUGAUAUACACGACGACGCCGGACCAGAAGCGCGUGGAGAUGAUCAGCGGGCAGCUGGAGGACGGCCAACUGGUGAGCGGCGGCGGGCAGCUGGUCGACGGCGGUGUGUCGGUGGUGGUGGGCGGCGCCGGUGCCGGCACCGUGCUCGUGCUGGCUGACCACGUCGUCGACGAGCUGGGGCAAGUCAUCACCAUACCCAGGAGACGUAAGGAAGUGAUGGAGGUGGGCGGGGAGUCCUGGCGCGCGUACUACUCGACGACGUCGGAGCACCCCCUGAGCGCGGCCACGUCCGCCGUGCUGGGCGUGGACGACCAGCCGCAGCCGCUGGUCACGGAGUACUACAAGCUCCCUCCACUCGGACAGGACACCCACCUCAAUCUUCACAAGGACGCUAAAAUUGUAGACGUCUGGCAGGCCGGCGGAGCUGUGAAGGCGGCCAAUGGCGCGCACGGGGCGGAGCUGGGCGAGCUGUCGGGCCUGCUCCACGCGGGGCUCGUGAAGCGCGAGCCCGAGGACCUGAGCCGCAAGGUGGUCGACGAGCCCGCGCCGCACGCGCUCAAGCCGCCGCGACACAAGGUGGCGGUGGGCGAGCCUGGAGAAGCGGCGUCGCCGUCGCCGGUGCCAUCCCGCGCCUCGUCGGCUGGCUCGCUGCUGCCUGACGCGGCCAUGUACGCAGCGCAGAUGUUCGCGCCGCCAGGCACCCCUAGUCCUACCCCUUACGGCGAACAGUAUUCGCGCCAGCCCGCCACCUUUCCUGGCGAGCCGUACUACAGAGAAUACUUCGUCGGCGACGGUUACCAGCAGAGGGCUGCCCCCCCAUAUGGAGACGCAGAAUCUGCCCCAGCUUCUGCCUUUGGCGACAGAUAUGCCGCUCCUCGAUAUCAUAGCAAGAGCGUGAUCGCCGCAGCAGGGUUGACAGUGGACCUGCCGUCGCCGGACAGUGGCAUCGGCGCGGACGCAGUCACCCCGCGGGACCACACCGCCGUGCAGCAGUCGUUCGACUACACGGUGAUCUGCCAGCAGUCCAGCGUGGGGGAGGACGGCCGCGGCACCCCCUCGGCGCACCACUCGCCUGCGCAGGCGCCGCGCACGCGCCCCUGGCACGACUUCGGACGUCAAAAUGACGCAGACAAGAUACAAAUCGCCAAACUGUUUUCUCCGUACGGGUUCAAGUACCACCUGGAGACGGCAAGCAGCAGCUCCCAGCGGCGUGAGGACGACCGCAUCACCUACAUCAACAAGGGUCAGUUCUACGGCAUUACCCUGGAGUACGUCCACGACCCUGACAAGCCACUCAAGAAUCAGACUGUUAAGAGCGUUGUUAUGCUGAUGUUCCGAGAAGAAAAGUCCCCGGAGGACGAGAUCAAAGCGUGGCAGUUUUGGCAUGGACGACAACACUCCGUUAAGCAGAGGAUAUUAGAUGCUGACACGAAGAACAGCAUCGGGCUGGCGGGCUGCAUCGAGGAGGUGGCGCACAACGCCAUCGCCGUGUACUGGAACCCGCUGGAGAGUGCCGCCAAGAUCAAUAUCGCCGUCCAAUGCUUGAGUACGGACUUUAGCAGUCAAAAGGGAGUAAAGGGAUUACCACUACAUAUACAGAUCGACACAUUUGAGGACCCCAGAGAUACCCAGGUUUACCACAGAGGAUACUGCCAAAUCAAGGUGUUCUGUGAUAAGGGUGCGGAAAGGAAAACAAGGGACGAAGAGAGAAGGGCAGCGAAGAGAAAAAUGUCUGCUACGAAUAGGAAAAAGCUGGAUGAAAUCUAUCACCCAGUGACGGAGAGAAGCGAGUUCUAUUCGAUGGCGGACUUGGCGAAACCGCCGGUGUUGUUUAGCCCGGCGGAAGACAUCGACAAGCUGGCAGGGAUGGAUAUCCAAGGCUUCUACGGGCACGAUGAGGCAGCCCUAGCGGAGGCACACCUCAAGGGAGCAUCUCCCUUCCUGCUGCACGCCGCCAAACCUCAAGCGCCAGCUCUCAAAUUCCACAAUCACUUCCCCCCAGACGCGCCAGCGUACAGAUCAGACGUGGGCGGGUUGUCUCCCUACGGAGACCGCAAAGACGCCCUCGAGCUGGAGGGCGUGCUGGGCAAGCGCGCGCGCACGUCGACGCCGCCGCUGAGCGAGCGCGUCAUGCUGUACGUGCGCCAGGACACCGACGACGUGUACACGCCACUGCACGUCGCGCCGCCCACCACGCAGGGCCUGCUGCACGCGAUUGAGAAUAAGUACAAAAUUUCAAGUUCGGCAAUUAAUAAUCUUUAUCGAAAGAACAAGAAAGGGAUUACGGCCAAAAUUGACGAUGAGAUGUUGGCGUACUACUGCAACGAGGACCUGUUCCUGCUGGAGGUGCGGCCGGCGGGCGCCAGCGAGGACGAGCCGCUCUACGACAUCACCUUCGUGGAGCUCACGCUCGACCACUAGCCGCCGCCGCCCCGCCGCCCGCCCCCCCGCCGGCGCUCGUUCGCCGCUACAGUGUUACACCUACGCGUGAAAUGAACUGCAACAAUCUCAUAUCUGUGGCGAACUCUCUUUUGGACAAUCUAUAAACAUUCCACUUGCUCUCAUAAAAUAAAAUUAUUUAUAAAUGGGAUAAACUUGUCUCAAAAGUGUCGAUCUCAGAUUGAAAUUUACUUUUAAGCAAUUCAUCACCAUAACUUUUUUACUGGAACUCGUCACAAAUUUUCACCAGUCGUUGAUAAAGCAAUGGCUGGAAGGACCAUCAUGUAAAUAUUAUAGCUAUUUUAGUGCCUUAUGGAAUCACAAUACGUAGUGUAGUGGUUUGGUGAUGGCAAGAAUGAUUGAAGAUGGCUUUAGACAGAACAAUUUAUAUGACGAUCGUAAGUAAUUCUAAUUAUAUAUUUUGUAAAGAAUGAUCUGAUGCUGAUAUAACGUGUGUGCCAUUCGCUCGGUUAUCAUACUAGAUGUAUGUUUACUUAUGUAGUUAUGUUUCAACAGGUACCUUUUAAUCUUGCCAUGAUGAUAAAGUAAGAAAUUCUUGUCACAAAACAUAAUAAUAUGUGGAUAAGUAUAUCUACAGUGAGUAAAUGCGUAAUGUGCCUUCGUCAUAAUAAUUAUAUUAUUAUCUCCUAAUGUAAGUGAGUUAAGUCAAAUUAAAUGCCAUCCACUUUGUUAAGUUUUCUAAACAUAAGUUUGGUUGUAAGCUCGCUCAAUUCAUUCAUUUAGUAAUGUUGGAUUUAGUUUUAGGAACGAACAUAAGUCCAUUGUUUCCUACGUGCACGACGCAGAAAUAUUUACAAAUCAAAUCAAUUUUGUUACUUGAUAAGAUGACAUAUAACAUAGCAUUAGACCUGUAUACCCGAAAGGGUAGGCAGAGGAGAUAGUAUACACACCCACUCCUCGCCAGCUAUGUGUGCGUUACUUCUAAAGGCAACCAUUUAUAUAAUUAUUACUUACAUUUACAUAUUAAAUUUAAAUUAAUUAAACAUAUCUGAGAUUAUUUAAUUGGAAGCAAUGGACAUCAUUACAAUUUUAAAUGAGACAGAGAGUCACAGUUUACAUAAUAGUCAUUUAAAACAUAGUCACAAAAUGUCGUCCAUCAGAACAUUAACAUUUUAUCAUUGAGGGGAGCGGUUUUGUGUAUAAUUUAAGAUUUUAAUGAUAAUAGAAAUAAUAAUUAUAAAUGAAUUUCGAUACUUAAGUUAUCGGGCCAUGACAACGAUUUAGCUUAAUGAAAGUAUUUUGUGUCCAAGACUUAUAACUGUAAGUGUCAUACAAAAUGUAACCAAUUUUCUACUUAAUACCGACUGCUAUCUUUAGGACAACAGAUUAGUACCCAGCAUACAGUUACAUGGUGGCUAUUUUGCUCUACGAUGCACAAAUUGUUCACACGUCUUUUCUGUCAAUUGGCAGUGCAAUUUAUGUUUUUGUACCUUUUAAGUUUUCUCCACCGAUUAUUUUCAAAAUUCAGAACCAGGUUCUGUUAUACUUAAUGGUAUUGUUUGUAGACGAAGUCGCCCAGGAAACGUGAGAUGUGCCUAUGCGGACGGUUCGAUUAACUGCCAUAUUAUGACAUAAUUUAGAGUACUAUCUUAGGUGUAGAUUCUUAAACGUAGUUUGUUUUUAUUGUCACACGACUUGCAGGUAGGCAUCGAUUUUAAUUAAGAUAAUGUUAUCUGUAUUUACGUAUUUUUUUAUAUCGUUUUCCGUUUCUGUAAUUUAGCUGCCAUUGCGUUGUGACUAGUUCCGUCCUUCGCGACUAUUUAAUUGAUAUCUUCCUUAUCAAUGUUUACUCUCGUUUCUACACUUGUUAACAUAUUUCCACCACUUUUAAAAAUUCAUUUUGAAAUUAUUUAUAUGCAUUUGCUCAAAGUCUGUGAACGCCAUUUUCAGUGGUCAGACUCUAACAUUGUUAUUUUAUGAUACUUAUACGUAUUCACGUAAUGAUAUUUAUUUAUGUACUUACUUAUAAUAAAUUGUGCAGCUUUAAUGUUUACUUACAUUGAUGUUAGUUCGUGAUUCAGAAUCUCGUCAUAAGUCACAAACGUCAGUAGCAAUAACGUAAAGCAGUUAGUAGGUAAAUGUGCGAGGGGCGAGCGCGUCGCUGCCGCGUGCGCCGGCGCGGCGUGUUGUGCAAUGUUUAUCAGAUUAUACUGUGAGUUAGUGUAUAGUAGAGGACCGUGGCUGGGAGCGAGGUGGUGGCUGGAGGCUCGCACGGCGCGCGCCCGCCGCUCGCUCGUCGUAUAGUCACACUAGUUAAACACACCCCCGAAAGUGGUAGCACAUUUUCGUUAAUAAAUUCUACUGUACUUAAGUUUAAAUGGAAUAGAUGUUACGUUAUUCUUUUAUAUGAAUAUUUGUAAGUUGUCAUAAAAAUAUUAUUAAUAUAAUUAUUUUUAUCAAAGUUUAUAAUCUAAAUAAAAAUGUUUUUCUUCAAAACGU